UCGGCCUCCCAAAGUGCUGGGAUUACAGGCUUGAGCCACCGCGCCCGGCCUGGGUUUGCCUUUUCAAUAGAUGCUUGUAAGUCAUGAGAUGCCGUGGUCUCAAAAUCAAGCCUGUGUCGGAAUCAUUCUGGUUGCUUAUCAGUGUGUUGAAUCCCAAGCCACACCCCCACCCCCAAGAGGUCUGAGGAGACGAAGGUAAGCCUGGGAAUUGGCAUGUUUAAUAAAUACACUCCAGCACCCACCCAUCUGCUGGCAGCUUUAGGCAGGUGGUCCAAGGGUCCUUUUGGAGAAUACCAUGCAGCAGCCACUCCAGUGGGAAGUCCGAAGCAGCCUUUCUGCCAUGGUCUGGCACAUGGAGGUUUACUGAAUACUUCAUGAGUGAACGGAUGACAGAUAAGAGAAGAUGAGGAUGGCAUGUGGAAGUGUUCUGGCCACUCAGGAGAUAAAGGAACAAGAUUCAAGUCAUUAGAAGCCCCUCACAGAAAACCCUAAUAAGGAAAGGCACAGAAGCUUCCAGAUUAAGUAAUAAUCAUUUAUAGUCAUUUAAUCUAGUAGUCAUUAGAAUAAUCUAUGUGUUAGAUUUUAAAAGUUUUAAGUGGCAGCCCAGUGACCAAUCCAGCCUGGCAGACGUUUGGUUUAGCCAACAGUGCUUUAACGAGGUCUAAUCCAACAUUUUAAACUUGGGAGAUACCACAUAGAAAUCUAGACUUUUUGCCUGGCUUGGGAAAGUUAGGAGUCCUGCAAUAAUGGACCUGCAUUUCAUUCAUAGCAGUUAUUGGUGGGAGCUGCCAUCACUGCAUGCUUAGGAUGCAGUAAGCUCCACCCAGUUUGCCGCAGUCCCCAGCACUCCCACAGUGUGGAUGUGGGCACACACAGCUGGUAUUACAGGACUUGGGGACCCAGCUGGCUCCUGGAGGGGCUCUGUGACUUCAGGUGUAUGAACACCGAUCCCGAGGGUAAUUUUUGUCCCAUCUGUUUUUCUAAUUUAACAAAAUUAUCUCCAUCUUACAAGAAAGAGGGUCAGAGGGGUGUCAUGAACCCAAUAGCUACUGGGCUGAGAUUCAAACCCAGGCCUGCCUGGAAACCUGGGCUUUUUAAUUCUCAGCCAGACUCUGUCUCACUGCCUCGCUUCCCACCCUUUCAUCCAGAACACCUCUCCCUCAGAGUGUCCCCUGCAUACUUUGCCUGAAGGACACUGUAACUUCCUUGUUACAUCACAGCCCAGUCACAAUUGGGCUGAGAGCAGAGCAUGGCCCAGCCUGCCAGGUCCCCUGGGGCAGCCUUGCCAGCCCAGCCCAGGUUGGCCCAGCUUAGCCACACAUGCACCAUGAAGUACCCUUUGAUGCCGCUGGUGAACGACCUCACAUUUUCUUUCCCGGUUUUCUGGUUCUGCCUCCCUGUGGGUUUGCUGUUCUUAUUGAUCAUCUGGCUACGCUUCUUACUUAGCCAAGAUUCAGAGGAAAAUGACUCCGAUGUAUGCUUGGAUUGGGAGCCCUGGAGCAAAGGCCCGGCCGAGUUUUGCUGGAAGGGGACGCUCCAUGGCCAAGAGAAGGAGAGGCCCUGCUGGUGA